AUGUCUAUGUUUUUCGACUUUGGAUCAACAGGAUCGACGCCAUCGCACGACUCAUCGAGUGGACAAAGUCAGAGCCAAGAGCUAGUUCAAAAAGGCGGCGUCAGAGUAUCAUUAGCGUGUGUACCAUGUCGAAGUCGUCAUGUGAAAUGUGGAGCGGAAACUCCCAGUUGCAGUAGAUGUCUUCAAGACGACAAACCAUGCUUCUAUGCCAAAUCUCGCAGAGGCAUGAGAGAUAAAAAUGCUCCACAAAAACGAGCUUCGAUGCGUGAGACUAGUAGAGAAAGUCCACGAAGUGGUCCUCCUUACGGUGGCGGCCAUGGUGGCAUCUACUCUAACGGAGGUUCUUCAACCGCUUCUUAUUCCAGACCACCUUCUGAUGGUUCUUUGAGCCCUACAAGCUCCAUCUCGAGAUUGAGCGGCAAAGGGUCAAGCACAGCACGUCUACUAGAUUUAUACUAUAAUUUCUUCCAUAAAGCGCAUCCAUAUCUCUUACCUCAGUACCAUUUUCGCAACCGACUUCAUUCUGACCCGGAGUCUCUGAAGCAUCUUUUGCCAAUCAUGCAGUACAUUGGGUCUUUGUAUGCCUUGGAAGUCUCAUCGGUAGAACUCUAUGCUGCGGCUAUGAGCCAGCUUGAUGUCCCUAAUUUGCCUCCGAAUGGGUUCACAGUUCAGAUGUUGCUCUUGACAGCUAUUGCUGUUCAUUGCGACGGAGAACUUGAACAAGGCCGUGCUAUUCUAGAUAGAGCCAUAUAUCUCGCUCUUGACCUGCGAAUGCAGUCCCGAGCAUUCGCAACUAUGGAGAGAGAUCCCGUGCUUGCGGAAUCAUGGAGGAGGACGUUCUGGGGCCUGUAUAUCUCGGAUGCAUAUUUUGCGGCUAUGAGAAGGGCUCCCAUGUUCACGUUACAUUCCAUCGAAGCAGAUGUCGAGAUCCCGUGUGAAGAAUGUGAUUACGAGGGGAUAAUCCCCCGAUCCAAAACGUUGGACGAAUACGAAUCUCGAGAUUUUGAAGACGAGACGCCAGUCUUCUCUUCAUAUGCGUACCUCAUCGACCUAGUCCGGAUUUCGGGCUCCCUUCUUCCCUUGGACACGACGCCAAGAGAAUACCUAGAAUCUGCUGUAGCCAAUGCAGAUGCCAUGCUCGUCAAUUGGAAGCUCCACCUCCCAAAAGAAAAACAAAGCGUCGUCGACAAAAACGAAGAGAUUGACGAAAUACUCUUCCAAGCCCACAACUUCCUCCAAAUACUUCUUGUCCACAUCCACCGCCCCCUUUCCCGCCUCUACCAUUCUCCAAUCGAGAAGAUCUCCCACUGCGCCCCACCACCCCCAGACCACGACACCACAACCAACGAAGACAAAUCCUACUGGCUACACACUAAAAAGACUCUUGAAGCUGCCGAAGCUGCGGUAAAUCUGUACGCCCUCCCCUGCUCAAUCAUCAACCACACACCCCUUGGAAUCUGCGGCAUCGUGCUUUCAACCCUCGCCAACCUCUCCGCUUGCGCAUACGUCCUCACCGGCUCAGAAUGGUACAGAACACGAGAUCGGAUUCGGUUAGGACUCGGAUGUUUGAAGACGUUCAGCGAGGUCUGGGAGGUUAGCAGACGGACGGAAAAGGAGACGAAGCAGAUUGCUAGGACUGUUUUUGCGAUGCCUAGGCCCGGGAUGGAGAGAGCGGGAAUUUUUGGACCACCUGGUGGACUGAAGAUUUGGGAGCCGGAAGUAAGGGUGCAGGAUGUGACAGAUCUGGCGGUGGAUUGGAUGGCGGGGAUGGAGGAGGUGAGUUAUGAGAGGCUGUUUAAUGGCGUUGAGCAGGGGGUUUGGCAUGGGAUUGACGAUGCAAGUGGGUGA